ACCGAACGUCAGAACUCAGCAGUCUCCGUGGGAAAAACAAACCAAAUCCAAGUGUUGGUGUGCAGAGCUGUCCUAAAUGGCUUCCAAAAUAGUGGCCACGGCCACGGUGCGCGCCGUCAAGAAUCGCAAACUGCUUCCGACCAGGGCCGCUUUAUCAUUGACACCAGCGGCAGUGACUAGAAUAAAACAGCUUUUGGAAGGCAAAAACGAAUACAUUGGCUUAAAGGUUGGCGUUCGGCAACGAGGCUGCAAUGGGCUGUCCUACACAUUGGAUUAUGCCGCAACUAAAGACAAAAUGGACGAGGAAGUGGUCCAGGAUGGAGUGAAGGUUUUAAUAGACAAGAAAGCUCAACUCUCGCUGUUAGGAACGGAAAUGGAUUUUGUGCAAUCAGAUUUAUCGGCCGAAUUCGUUUUCAACAAUCCCAACAUAAAAGGAACCUGCGGAUGCGGAGAAUCGUUCAGCAUCUGAAUGUGAGAGCCCACGGCUCGACAUAGGCCUGGUUCCUUAAGGCUGAAAAUCUUCUCGCUAGAAGUAUCCGCAUCGCUUGGAGGCUUCAUGGAAGGUGCUUUAGUUUGUUUUUUCUAAUGCUAGUGUGACAACUGUACAUAUACAAUUUAGUUUAGUAUAGCAAUUGAUUGUUCUAAAUAAAUGUUGUUGGCUACCAUA